AUGAAACAUGAUGGUGAUGAAGAAUUCUUUGAACAACUAGAUUUGGUGGUUACUGUCGUUGGUGGUUCUUGUAAGAGAAAAGAUAUGAUACAAGAAAUGCAAAAAGAAAGAGUUGAAUCCGAAAUUGGUCUUGGUGAAACUGUAACAGGAACAAGGUUGAAUCAAGAGUUUUCUCUUUUUCGGGCUGGAGAUACUAGAUAUGGUUCACAAUAUAGAACAAUUACACUUGAGUUUGUGUUUCUUUUACACUUGAUUUUGGAAAUUUUAGGCCUCACGAAUACCUUGUCAAAACAUCUUAAAAAAGAUCAAGAUAUUUUGGAAGUGACUUCGUUAGUAAAAGGGGAAAAGAAAACAUUGCUAGUUUUUAGAAAAGAUGGGUUUCCACAGAAGCUGUUGAAGCUAAGUGAUAUAUACAAAAAUGAUUUUGACGAUUCAGAAAUGAUGCAUCUUAAUAGGCAAGUUGAUAUUUAUUAUCACUUUUUGUUCCAUGAUGAGAAAAUUUUCAACUUGAAUAGAAUUGCAGAUGUCUCCCUUUUGUUGGUGGAAACUGGGAAGCACCUCUUUUUUUCUUUGGUUUAUGGAUUAUUAAAACUAACUUUGGUAUUAUCCGUCGCAACUGCAACCGUUGAACGGUAUUCUUAUGCAAUGACGUUGUUGAAGACCGAUUUGCAUAAUAGAAUAGGUGAUGAUUUUAUGAAUAGUGCUUUGAUUUGUAGUGUAGAAAAGAAGUACUUGAGAAUGUUAAGAUUGAAAAUGUAA